GAAUAUUUAAUUUUCCACUAUAGAUGCAAAUAGUUUGAGAAAGUGUAGCUUUAAUUAAAAGAAUACUGCGUAAAUAUGUGUGAGCCAACAGGAUCCAUGAGGAUUACGAGUGUUUUAUAAUUAUACCCUAAAAUAUAAGAUUUAUUUUUGUUAUUAUAAUUUUACUUUAGUGUUGUGCCUGCUGUGGCACUGGAGGAAAAGGUUGCACAUCAUGCACGUUAACGUGAUGUUGUACAAGUUGCAGACCUUUAAUGAAAAGGUUAAAAAAAUAGUUUGUGGGAAAUAUUUUUGUGCUUUUUAAAAAAAAUAUUCAGCUUUGAAUAUUUUAUUCUCUGUGCUGUGCACUGUGGCAUCUGACUGUAAACGCUCUGCACCGUUUUGUUUUUUGCCUGUGGCUUUAAACGCACGACACAUGUCUGCGAGUGUGUUGUCCAGUGUUUGGACGAGCUUGUCAGUACAGGACAUCUGAGUAAUACGGGACGACUGUGUGGUCAGUGUCAGAUAAAACCAGAGGUUGAAAAUGGCCUGGAACUGUUGACAUGUCCUGGUCAAUUGCAGGAAAGAAAUGUCCUUGCAAUUCGAAGCACAAAAUGAACACAUAAAUGUUGCUCGUUGCCUUUGCACGGUGGUGCAUCUUCAGUUUCUUUUGUUCACGUAUGUCAUAAGCUCGUCAUAACCAGGUUUAUCUGAUGCACAGAUCAUGUUGUCGAUGCGGGAUUUAAUGUCCAUAUGCAGCAGCGGCUCCUCACUGCUUGGUCAGGAAGCUUGUGCACUAACUCUUUUCCUUCACAUGUGAUUUAAUUAUCUUGUAUGUAAUCCUAUACACUUUGUAUGAUCGCGUGAAGCUGCUUUAUUUGAUUCCGUCGAGCUCUUUUUUUUGAUUCGAAUGCACGGCAUUUUAAACUGCAAAUACUUCUCCUAUACUGCGUGUUUUGCCACUGACUGCCAGAAACAGUCUUUUGUUUGUCAGCAGUCUGUGUUUUCUGUGGAGCUGGAUCCUCAUUUUCACUCUCUCUUUCAGAGGAGGUGGAUUUUUCUUUCCUUCCUUUUUUCCCCCCAUGCAGUAAAAACCUCACCCACAUAAGUUUGGCCUCAUGCAGUAAACAAGUUAGUUGAUUGCUUUUGCUUUAUAUACUGUGAUUUAAUAAGGAAAACACAAACGUAAGCCAGUCCGAGCAGCGUUGGUGGUACCAGUGCCAUGCUUUCCAUUGGUUCCUGUUUACAUGAUGCCCACAGGACACGCGGUGAUUGGUGGCGCUUCACACGUGACCAGGCAACUUUGUACAUUUGACAGGGAGUAGGAGGGUUUUGUGGAGAUCAGAAAAACGACAGCGCGAUAAAAAUUAGUAUUGUUGCACUUCACAAAUUAAUGACCAUGAGUUCCUACUUGAUAAACUCCAACUAUAUCGAGCCUUCCUUUCCUCCAUGCGACGAAUACCAGCAGAGCGGAUACAUCCCUAACCCCGGAGAUUACUACGAGCGGCCAAAAGAUACGGGUUUCCCCCAUCACGACGAGCCAUCCUAUCCGAGGUCAAACUACACAGAAUCGGGAUACGAUUACGGUAACGUUCCCGCCAACGGACUCGAUGAUUUCGGCGACGGGCAUCACGCACAGCCGCAGCCGGUUCCACAGAGCCACGGUCCUCGCCUCGCCGCGGCCCCAGACGGUGGCGCAGGAGCAAACGCAAGCAAAGACUGCAGCCUUGCCAGUGAGGUGUAUCCCGGCGUAGCGAAGGGCAAGGAGCCGGUGGUGUAUCCUUGGAUGAAAAAGGUCCACGCAACCACCGUCAAUGCCAGUUACAAUGGAGGAGUGCCCAAGAGGUCCCGCACUGCCUACACCCGCCAGCAGGCUCUGGAGCUGGAAAAGGAGUUCCACUUCAACCGGUACUUGACCCGGCGCAGACGGGUGGAGAUUGCGCACACUAUGUGUCUGUCCGAGCGCCAGGUCAAGAUCUGGUUUCAGAACCGGAGGAUGAAGUGGAAGAAGGAGCACAAGCUCCCCAACACCAAGAUCCGCUCCUCCAGCUCGGCCUCCUCCUCAUCCUCGGGGCCCCAGCAACAACAGCAGCAGCAACAGCAGCAGAUCAAAACAGGCCAGCAGCUUGUCCCCACGCCGUGCACCGCAGGUCUAUAGUGCAUGAACGAACCAGACCCAUACAAACCCAGUCCAGACUGAGAUGGCAAAUAACACAAGUUGGAUUUGUUGGACCAAUUCUCAGUAUUUUACACUCAUGGUGUUAUCUCUUUCACUCUGCCUCUGCCAUUGGGCCCCUGUCACGUCCUUUGUACCCUUUCCCUCUCCGCUUGUCCUCUCCCUCUUCAUAUAAGCUUGAAAUUCACCUUUAACGGCCACGGUGGCGACUGAAGUGUUUAUAUAUUGUUUAUUAUUAUGAAAGAAGGAUUACGCACACUCAGACAUAUAGGACAUGGAUCAAAUUUUAUCAUGACAGUUAUAAUUGAGGUAAAAGUAAGUUUUGAGAUCAUUUUUUCUAUGUUAUUUUUGACUAUUGUUCUUUAUUUUUAUUUUUAUUUUCCCGUUUUGUAUUUUUGCUCAUGGAAAGUUCUAAUAUACUUGAAAGAUAUUUAGCGAGAAUCUAUAGAUGCCUGUUUAGAAAACCAGGCGGCUGUUUUAGAGGAAAGGCAUCAGCCAGAGUAACAGUGUAGUUUGUGCGUUUGAGUGGGUUGAUUUUACUGUUGAAUGUAGUCCAGGUGACUUUCACAUUUAAUGUACAUAUAAACAAAUCAUAAUGACGGCACAAUAAGGAAAGCAUUUCUUCAAGUCGAAUUUUGUUUGUUUGUUGUUGUCGUUGUUGUAAGGUCCAGUUUUAUUUGUCUUAGUGCGUCCCAUGUCGUGCUGUGUUCUAAACUGUGAAUAUUUGUAUGUGUUGUCUCAGUAAUGGCCGUUGUGAUGUGGGCUAGUGUAGGAUCUAUUUGUCCUUGUGAAAUAAAUAUGUACUUCACUUACAA